GCGCAGUUCCUAACCUGACAGUGGUUCUGGUUUGCUCUCAGCCUCAUAGAUGAAAAUCGAGGGAUUAUUCAAUAAAAAGGUGAAGUAAUUUCCUUUUUUCUUGCCUCCCUCACAUCUGUGUAUAUAUAGAAGCUUGCAAAGUGUACCUGAAAUGUCUGUAGAACAUUGAGUGCUUUUGAUUCAAUGGAAAUGUCAUCACAAAUGUAGAUUUCCAUUAGUUUUGUUCUAUAAUAUGCUGUAAGUUCCAGAAUGACUUCUAGAGAGGAAGGAGUAACUUCACUUGUACAGGUGGACUCUGGCUAUUUUAUGAACUACAGCUGCUAGUAAAGAUAUGGGGAAAUACACAGUCUUCUUAAGAAAAUGAUGGAUAAAUCAUCGUUGGCUGAAGGUGCUGAGAAGGAUUGCUACAAAGGCAAGAAAAAGCCAUGAAAUGCUGAUGCACAAGAAUGUUGUGCUGAACAUCUCCCAAAUGUUUUUUCUCCAUCUGCACUUCAAAAAUUGAAGUAGAAAAGCUUUAAAACAUUGUAUUACUCAUUGUGUUCCACCUUUUGUAAUGUUACUCAGAGGAAGAGUACCAGACAAGCCUUCCAGACUAAGGAAGACCCGGAAGCUGAGGGGACACGUUAGCCACGGCCAUGGCCGCGUUGGCAAACACAGGAAACAUCCUGGAGGACGUGGUAAUGCUGGUGGUUUGCACCAUCACAGGAUUAACUUUGAUAAAUAUCACCCCGGUUACUUUGGAAAAGUAGGCAUGAAACACUAUCACUUGAAGAGAAAUCAAAAGUUCUGCCCUACUGUCAAUUUGGAUAAACUGUGGACACUUGUCAGUGAACAGACAAGGCUCAAUUAUGCAAAAAAAGAGGCUGGACUGGCCCCAGUCAUCGAUGUUGUGCGCUCAGGCUACUACAAAGUCCUGGGCAAGGGGAAGUUGCCCAAGCAGCCUGUAAUUGUGAAAGCAAAGUUCUUCAGUAGAAGAGCAGAGGAGAAGAUCAAAGAAGUUGGCGGUGCCUGUGUGCUUGUGGCAUGAAAGCCUUUGUUUUAUUCAAAAAAGUUGAAUAAACACAAUGUGUAAAAAUA